UUUGCUAUUUUUUGUUUUUUCGAUACGAUCAUUUUUCAUGAAAAUACAGCCUUCAAAAAAUCACUAAAAAAUUCAUAAAAUUUUUUUGUUCCUUUAAUUUUUUGGAUAAGUGUAUUUAUCAGUUUUUAUUUUGUGAACAGCUUAACACUAUCUUUUAAUUGUAAAAGUUGUUUUUGAAUGAAUCAUAUCGUUUUUACUUUCUUGCCCGAACAUAAUAGUAAUAAACGGUAUUAGACAAAACAAGACCAGACAAAUAGCAGCGAGUCGAUCGAGUCAUGACCGCGAUUAAGACGGGUCUUUGAUUUUGCUUAUAAUACGAGAACAAGAGGAGAGUUUUUACAGUCACGCCACGCCUCGUGUGAAGCCACGACCGUAAAAUUAACAUUAUCGAUCAUCGCCACUGCAUAUAGUCGUCAUACGUAUUUAAAAAUGGUUACAAAGUGGAAAAACCCAACAUCAGAAUCUUCAUCAACCCAAUCGACUCUGGUCAAUAGUCUGGAGAUGUCAAACACCUUUGGUGUGAAUGCGAUCGUUUAUACUUAUUCAAACAAUUUUUUAUUUGACCGUGACCGUUUUUCGGGGAUGGAAUUUUUAAUUGAUACUGGCGCUACUGUCAGCAUCUAUCCUCGGUCUUACGUACCAAGGCGCAUCAAACCUUAUCGUGAUUUUAAUUUCAAUUUGCAAGCAGCGAAUGGUGCUGUAAUUCGGACAUACGGAAACACCACCAUGCAAUUGGAUCUAGGAUUAGAACAAAUUUUCGAGUGGCAAUUCACAAUCGCUGACACUCCUGUACCAAUCAUUGGUUCUGAUUUUAUAGUUGAUUAUGGAAUCAUCAUUGAUCUUAGAAACAGAAAACUUUUUAUUAAUCCAGCGGACUUAAUUUGUAUAGUAUGAACGGCCGCAAAAAGCUUAGACUUAAUGACCAAAUAAAUAAAAAAAAAAAAAAAGUAAAUAAAAUAAAAUUACAUAUCUGUAAGUAUUAUAAAAGUAGUUACAUACAUUGUCAGUAUCGCAG